GGGCUAAUUUUACAUUAUAGCUGGCAACUCUCAUGGCUGCGACGGUAAUAUUUUUUGUCUGUGAGCCAGUCGAUAACUAGCACGGUGAGAGUGUGCGCGAUUUUUUUGUAUCAAAUUAAGACUGCAGUGUUGAGUGAAAAAUGCCUAAUAUUAUAAACGAGGUUAAAUUAGACUUCAAAGAUGUUCUUCUGCGACCGAAAAGGAGUACAUUACGUAGCAGAAAUGAUGUGGACCUCUACAGGGAGAUAACAUUCCGUAACUCCGGACAGACGUACCGUGGCGUGCCAGUGAUGGCCAGCAACAUGGAUACUGUCGGCACAUUCGAGAUGGCUAAAGAAUUGUCUAAGCACGGAUUAUUCACAUGCAUCCAUAAGUAUUACACUAUCGAAGAAUGGAAGAAAUUUGCCACAGAUCAUCCUGAAUGUUUAGAACAGAUGGCUGCCAGUUCGGGUACAGCGGAGGCGGACUUCGACCGCUUGUCGGAGAUAUUAAACAACGUCAAAGAUCUAAAGUUCAUCUGUCUGGAUGUGGCUAAUGGUUACUCGCAACACUUCGUGGAGUAUGUCAGACGAGUUCGAGCCGCAUACCCUACGCAUACUAUUAUUGCUGGCAAUGUAGUGACAGGUGAAAUGGUUGAAGAGCUUAUCUUAUCAGGCGCUGACAUUAUCAAGGUAGGUAUAGGUCCGGGGUCGGUGUGCACGACGCGCAUCAAGACGGGCGUGGGCUACCCGCAGCUCUCCGCGGUCAUAGAGUGUGCGGACGCCGCGCACGGACUUAAGGGACAUAUUAUUUCUGAUGGUGGAUGUACGUGUCCCGGCGAUGUUGCUAAAGCCUUCGGCGCGGGCGCGGACUUUGUGAUGGCGGGCGGAAUGUUCGCGGGACACGACCAGUGCGGGGGCGACGUGGUCACCAAGCCUGACGGCAGGCAGGUGAAGCUGUUCUACGGCAUGUCAUCAUCCACCGCUAUGUUGAAACACUCCGGUGGUGUGGCGGAAUAUAGAUCCUCGGAAGGUAAGACAGUAGAAGUGGAAUACAGGGGUGACGUAGCUGUGACUGUGAAAGAUAUACUAGGAGGUCUGAGGUCUGCCUGUACGUAUGUGGGCGCGGCGCGACUCCGCGAGCUACCGCGACGCGCGACUUUCAUACGCUGUUGCAGGCAAGUGAACGAUACAUUCUCUUAACUUAUGUGAUCCUGGUACUUUCGAUAGUUUAAUUUAUUUAAAAAUUAACUGUUAUUGAAAUUAA